GCCCUGGUUCGCCUCCAGGCAUCUCUUUUUCGACGCCCGGGGGGCCGAACGGCGGCUGGAGAUGCUCUAACUCCUGUCGGCGACCUCCACAUCCUUCGCCGCCGUGCCUCCCUCCCCGACCAAGCAGCGGCCAGCGCCUCCGUUCCCCAGCCACGCGCCCGCGAGACUCAUCCUCCUCCCCAGCUUAGCCGCGCCCCCAUCCCCUACUGGCCUGCUUGAUCCCUUGAGAUCACUUUUCCCCACCUGAAACCCUCGCCGCCGCCGCCAUUAAUUUCUCCGCGCAAGCUCCAAUUUCAGGAGGCCCAGAAUGAGGACGGCGUCGAUGUGCACCGCAUCUACUGUGCGGGGCACGCACACGUUCAAGAUCGCCGGCUUCAGCCUUCACAGGGGCCUCGGCGUCGGCAACUUCAUCCCGUCUGCCACCUUCGACAUCGGCGGCUACCUCUGGCGCGUACUGUUCUACCCCGAUGGGGAGAUGGAGAUGGAGAAUGGGGAUCACGCCUCCGUUUUCCUCGACCUUGUUAGCAAGGCCACCGAGGUGAGGGCGUUAUUCGAUGUCAGGUUGGUCGACCAGACUAACAAGCUGCCACCUUCGGUGGUGCUCUCCCAGAAGACGCCGUAUGUGUUCAACAACACUGAACAUAGCAACUCUGUGGGCGACGACUUCUUGCAACCAUUGGGGUACCUGCUUGACGACAGCCUUGUGCUUGAGUGCGAUGUCACGGUUCUGACGGAAUCCAAGGUGACCCUGACUGCGACCACCUUCGACAUCCAAGUGCCUCCCUCAGACUUGGGGGAGCAUUUCAGGGAAUUGCUAGAGAAGGAGGAGGAAGCAGAUGUCCUUUUUGAUGUUGAAGGGGUGGUUUUUCCCGCGCACAAAAUUGUGGUUGCAGGGCGCUCACCGGUCUUCAAAGCGCAGCUCUUUGGACCAAUGAGCGACAGGACAAGGCGGCGCAUAACCGUUGAAGAUAUGCAGCCCGCUGUUUUCAAGGCGUUGCUUCACUUCAUCUACACAGAUUCGUUGCCUUCGAUGGAAAAACUUGAUGGAGAUGAGGGCAAAGAAAUGAUUAAGCACUUGCUUGUGGCUGCGGAUAGGUAUGCGAUGGAAAGGAUGAAGGUUAUGUGUGAGAGCAUCCUUUGCAAAAGUCUUGAUGUUGAGAAUGCCACUGCUACAUUGGCUCUAGCUGACCAGCAUCACUGCAGCAACCUCAGAGAUGCUUGCCUUGAGUUUAUCACUUCUCCGGAUAGAAUGGAUGAUGUCAUGGCAAGCCAAGGGUAUGCUCACCUCAAAAGAUCCUGCCCUUCUAUUGUCAUAGAUGUCUUCGAGAGGGCAAAAAGGUCCCGCAAAAUCUAGUAUGUUCAUCCUUCUUUAGCUUAUGAAUAGUUGAAUAGUUUGUUUAGUUGACGCAUAGCCUCGUAAGAUGAAGUUGGGCUCUCACUUAUUAGUUUCCAGUGAUCUUUUGGAGAAGGGUGAGCUUUUGUAAAAUUAUCUCUGCAUGUGAUGGAGGCUCCUCUUGCUAUAUCUUGUAUGUGAUGACGAUUGACGAUUCAUCUUAUUUAUGAAUUUGUGGCAGCUUGCCAGCGUUCUUGAAAA